UGCAUCACAUUCUAAUUUUAAUGAUUCCCUUUUGGUCGGCUACCACACGACGACAGCAGUUAUUUCCCGCGCCUACAUUCGCGACACUUACAUCCGUCAACAACACCACCUGUCACUAUCACUAUCCGUUCGUCAUCAAAACUACUCACCCCCCUUUUCGUAAACCCUAAUUCACUCCCUCAAAUUCAUCAAUUCUCCAUGAUUCCACCUUCUCAAUCCCACACGCAUGUUUCUUGCCACUUCAAAACCCCCUUUCUUCCCCUUAAUCUUCUAUUCAUCCGCCCUAGGGUUUCCAUCUCUGCCCGGUGGUAGUUCCGGUGGCGUACGGAUGGAAUUGGUCCGGAAAUUGGGGCGAAAGUGCUGUGUUGUUCAGUCUGUUGAUAAGAAUCGGAAACUGGAAGUGAUUGAGGCUGGUGAUAAUGUGGUUAGUGGUGAAGAUGUUUUUGAUCAGGUGUCUGCCGGAGCAAAGGUUCCGCCUGAUCAUCUGUUAAUCAUGGUUAAUGGGAUCAUUGGCAGUGCUGCAGAUUGGAGAUAUGCUGCUAAGCAAUUUGUGAAGAGACUUCCUGAUAAAGUAAUUGUUCACUGUAGUGAUUGCAAUUCUGCGACUUUGACUUUCGACGGUGUAGACAGAAUGGGUGAAAGAUUAGCCGAAGAGGUAUUGACAGUUGUUCAAAGAUGGCCUGAGGUGUCCAAGAUCUCCUUUAUUGCACAUUCAUUGGGUGGCCUCGUUGCCCGUUACGCUAUUGGCAGGCUUUAUGAAAAUGUUCCUAUUAGGCGAUCCUCGAAUUUAUUACAAAACGAUUCAGAACAAUCCCUUGAACAGUUAUUUGAAGCUAAAAUCGGUGGUUUGCAACCAGUUAACUUUAUUACUGUCGCAACUCCGCAUCUUGGUUCUAGAGGACAUAGGCAGCUUCCAUUUCUUUGUGGUCUUCCGUUUCUUGAACGAAGGGCCCCACAAACCGCACACUGGAUAGUUGGUAGAUCCGGAAAGCAUCUCUUCCUUACUGACAAUGAUAACGGGGGACGUCCCCUUCUCCUUCAGAUGGUUAACGACACCGAAAAUAUCAAGUUCAUGUCUGCUUUGGGUUCUUUUAAGCGCCGUGUGGCUUAUGCUAAUGCCAACUUUGACCAGGUGGUUGGGUGGAGAACAUCAUCAAUUCGCCGUCAACAUGAACUUCCAAAGUCAAAUCUUCUUGUAAAGGACGAGAAGUACCCACAUAUCAUGUAUGUGGAGCGGGAAACGAGUGAUGCAAUCCAGAAUGGCAUUUCUUCUGUAGAUAUACCACAAAAUUUGGAAGAGGAGAUGAUCAGAGGUCUUACUCAAGUACCGUGGGAACGUGUUGAUGUUAGCUUCCAUAAAAGCACACAACGAUAUAUUGCACACACUACAAUUCAGGUGAAGAACUAUUGGUUAAAUUCUGAUGGUGCUGACGUGGUUCUGCAUAUGAUCGAUAACUUUCUUUUAUAGCAUGCUUACAUACUUGAUAUCAUGCAGCUGGGAAUGGGGAAACGGUUUGAUUUCUCUCGCUUAUCGUUUUCUUUUUCUUGUAUGUUUAGCUUGGUGAUCUUCAAAUGGGAACAACAAUUUUCCCAAAUUGUUCAAAUUUGGUGCGCAGGUCAAUUAUUUUUCUUUACGCUUUCAUGGUUCAUUAAUCGUGGGGGCGGUACAAAUGGGCAUGUUGGGCGAAUUGGAUAACAGGUCAAAAUGGGUACUUUUGCAACUGGACAUGAAAACGUGUUUGUCCAUGGUUUCGAAUUUUUUUUUUUCCAAUAUGAACAACAAUCUAAUACACUCCUAAUUUUACAUC